AUGAAUCCGAAUAAAAUUGAAGAUGAGGGAAGUGUGGAGGCCGAUUUAAAGGCGAGCGUCGAGGAUUUGAAUAGAGAGGUCGGCGAGAGGGGCGACACGUUGAGCAGAGGUGGUUGUGAAGCAGUGGAGGGUGGUGGUAGCGGUGGAGUGCGCGCCACCGACGAUGGUGGGGAAAGAAAUAUCUUCGUGACCAGCAAGCCACUGGCACUCGUGACAGCAAGAGGAGAAGAGAUCGACGAAUGUGGUGAGGAGAUUGCAUAUUUGAAAGGGAAAAUCGAUGAAUUUGAGGGUGUGGAGUCCGAUUUAAAGGCGAACGUCAAUGAUUUGAGGAGAGAGGUCGGUGAGAGGGACGAGAUGUUGAAUUUCAUAAGUAGAGGCGGGUGUGAAACGACAGCGGCAGCAACAAUAGUUGUGGAGAAAGUUAUGAUAGCGUGA